UUCACAAGAGAAAAGACUAAGUUGGCAAAAACAAAACCACAGCCAGUCGCUCCACCGACGGAUUUUAUUCGCUCCCAUUUCCGCCGUCUAUUUAUUAGUUAGUUUUCUGUCGAAUCGGGGCGGAAAAUAUUAAAUUUGGGGACAAAAUGACGCAGAUGUCGGAUGAACAAUUCCGCAUACUCAUCGAAACAAUACGCUCCCUGGCGACCAUCAAAGAAGAUGAGCCGCAAUCGAAGGGAAGCUUCAGCAACUGCCCCGUCCGCUUCAGUGGGCAGCGUGAUCACGAUGCCGUGGAUGAGUUUAUAACGGCGGUGGAGACGUACAAGGAGGUGGAGGGUAUCAGCGAUCGGGACGCCCUGAAGGGGCUGCCGUUGCUAUUUAACAACAUCGCCGUUGUCUGGUGGAAGGGGGUGCGUCGAGAUGCGAAAACCUGGCAGGAUGCCAUGCAGCUUCUGCGAGACCACUUUUCGCCCACCAAGCCCUCCUAUCAAAUCUACAUGGAGAUCUUUGAGACGAAGCAAGGGGGAGGUGAAGCCAUCGAUUCGUUUAUUUGCAAGCAACGCGCGCUUUUGGCCAAGCUACCCGACGGCCGGCACGACGAGGAAACAGAGCUGGACUUCAUCUAUGGCUUAAUGCAGUCCAAGUACAGGGAGAGUAUUCCAAGGCAUGAAAUUAAGACUUUUCGGGAUUUGUUGGACCGGGGACGCACUGUGGAGCGCACUAGACACUAAAGAAUCUUGUAGAUAGUUGUAAAUAGUAAAACUAAAAUUCAGGAGAAACCCUUUCGCCGCCCGCUCGUUGGUGCCUGGACGCACGGACUAUCCAAAGCUUCUCCAACUAAAUUCUAAAAAAGUGCCGUAUACAUUGACCUCAGCCCGAUUUAGCGUAAGCAAGCCAGUUGGUUCGCAAUAGAUAAUCGCCAUGAGGAAAGGGUAGAAAUUCUUUAAAUUGAUGAUUGAUCACUUCGAUCGAAACCUUAUCUACGACAAGAUCGUUCCUGCAAAGAAGAAACAAAAGUGGGCAUCCUCAAGUCUGACAUCGCUUGACCAGGUCAAUGUUGACCUUAAAUGAUAGAAUUUUGUAUAUGUUGUUAAAGCAAAUUGCCUCAAAAUAUACACGCUUUGA